AUGCCUCAGCCUUGGGAUAUUUCUUUUCUGUAUGAUGUUAAAUAUGUUAAAGGGGAGGCAAGGGAGAGUAUGCUUUGUCCCCCACAUUCAGACAGUUCCUUACAGUCACGUGAUGGUGUCAUUGUGCCUCAUAAGCCAAAGAAACUAACAGAUACUUUGAUUCCUGAAGAAUUUCAUAUUGUGUCAAAUAUAGGAGUUUCCGGUUUGGAGUGUUAUGAUGACAAAUAUACUACUCUCCUCACAGAUAGUGAAAAUAGGCUAUUGGUCUUCCCCUCCAUGAAACCUAAUAAAAGAGUAGAAGUGGUCAAGCUGAAUGAUGUGAUGGAUACUAUGCUAGAGAGGGCUGGUGUGGAAACUCAGGAAUAUAAAGGGCCAACCAAGAUGCACAAUCUACUACAUACAUUGAAGAAGGAGCAGACCAUUUACAAUACAGUGUUUCAUGAGCUUAUUCGACAAGUCAGCGUGGACUGUGCAGAUAGAGGAGAACUAUUGUCCAAAAUCAGAGAGCGGUAUGUACAAAUGCUUGACCAAAUUGCCCGGCAGAUGAUUGACUUCUACAAAGACUUGGUGACUCAGCGAGUGAUGGACCAGCGCAUUAUACAAGAACUGUACAAUUUUAAGAAUGUUAUUGAGGAACUGACUAGGGAGCUGUGUUUGGUUCAGGCACAUGAUAAUAAAUUAACAAAGGAAGCAGAGAAGACCCACAGGGAUUUGGCACAAGCUCUUUUAGAUGCUGAAAAGAAUGCCAAAAUUGUAGAAGAAUACCAUGACUUAUAUACAUUACAAAGAGGAAGGAUGGAGAAUAAUAUUAAACAGUUAAUGACAGAAAGAGAUAUAUGGAGCUCAGCCACAUAUGAAUUGGCCUUAAAGGUAAUCGAAAGAAAUAGAGUCAUAUUGGCUAAAAGACUUUACCUCAAUGAAAAAGGCUGGAGUAAAUAUGCUAAGCAUUUCAUCAUACUGCUAUCAAGCAAGGACGAUUCAGACUUUGCACUGUUGCAGAAGUUGACACACAAAUGGAGCGACUUACUGAACAAAUUUAAACAGGAAGUGGAAGAAAGUGAAGAGUCUACAAGGGAGAAAUUGCAAAUUGUUAAGGAUGGUCUUGUCAAAUGGCAGCAGUUCUUCAGAAAUAAUCAUAGAAAAGACAUUUUAUCCCCUAGUAAAGGAAAAGUGGUCGCAUCAGUUCUUUCAGACUUCCAGCAAUGGCAAAAGGUGGACGAAUUGCAUAUAUCUAUGAUCAGGUGGAUGGUAAAUUUGCUGAUUUUAAUGGUACCCGAUUUAACUGACCAAGACACGCUCCCAAAAUUGGAGGAAGAAAGCACUGAAAAACAUGAUAUAGGAGUUGCAGAGUUAGAGCUAGACGCAAUUGCACUGGCAAACAAGUUAUCUCAAUACACCACAUAUUUGAGCAGUUGUUGCAAAGAGUUGGUAACAGCCAUGGCUCUGAAUAUAGCCAGUAACUUACAAAAAAAUCCUGCUAAGGAUUUUUAUGACCUGGAGAAUAUGAAGAAAGAAUGUAAUGAGUGGAUUACCACAUGCUCUCACCUCCUUUCUGGGAUCAAAGGCAGAAAAGUAAAGUUAUUGACACAUGAAAAAAAAGAGCACCAAUUUGAAGAAGAGGGCACUAUAAAAGAAUUAAUUGAGCCUGAAAUA